UCAAGGUGGCUCAAGGUGUCCGCAAAGUGUGCCGACCGAAGCACCGCAACGCGGAUGGCUUACUUCCACGGCUUCAGCAGAGGUGGCAGAUCGUGCCAAGACAGCUCAACUUCUGCCGUGUCAACUACAGCAGCUGCUUCACAGGCUGCAGGUGUGACUUGCGCCCGCCCAAUGUGCUCAAAGCCGCCCUGGAACGGCGCACAGGGCCAGUGCCGCUGCGGACGGUGCCAACUACUGCAGAUGGUUGCCACUGCUCGUGCCACAAGGUGGUUGGUGCAUGUGGGGAGGCAGCCUAUGGAGAAAUCAGCUUCGUUCAAUGCUGGUCAUGCUGGCGAUGCUGGACAGGCCGAGAAGCGCACGGCGCCCGACGGCAGCAUGUACAGUAGAGUUGAGUUCAUGGAGUACUACGGCAGAGACGGCGCCUGGCGGUGGUGCGAGGCGGCUCUCCGAGACUGGACCUUGUCACUAAACGAAGUGGCAG